AUGGGCGCGGGUGCCAUGUCAGGCCAUCUCGCAGGACCAUCCUCCAACGCAGGCAGUCCACGCUCACGCCCCACCACGCCUCUCUCGGCUGGCUUGAUGCCCUCGGGCCCAACCUAUGACGACCUUGCUCGGUGGGAAGACGCCGAUGUCGCUUCGUGGCUUAAUGCAGCCCGUCUGGGUCAACAUGCUUCCACAUUUGCCGAGCACGACAUUCGCGGCUCGGUGCUUCUGGACGUCGACCAGGCCGUGCUCAGGGAGAUGGGCAUCACCUUGGUUAAGGAUCGCGUCCGCAUCUCUGCCGCCAUCAAGUUGCUCAACAAGCGCUGUGCCGACUCCGCCGUCGCUCGCAGACCCAGCGUCAUCUCCAUACCGCCUCUGUCUCCUCUUGCUUCACAUCCUCUCUAUGCCAACGAAGGAGAGAUGGAGUAUCUCCAGCACGAUCACUCUACCGAUCCAUCAGCCGACGGUCUUGGCUCCUCCUUCGGUUCCAACUCGAUGGGUCUGCGAAGAGGACAGAUGCGUCCACCUCCCCUCACCCUCAAGCAAUCCACCUCUCGAGGUAUGCCAGGAUAUGCCUCGCCCGCCGGCUCCCUCAACCAGAGCCAAGGGUUUGGCCUCAGUGCAGCUCGCGGUCUCACUCCCGGAGCGGGGCGCGGCAGCGUUUGGAACACCGCCUCUUCGUCGUCCGGCUCGUCAAAACCCAGCACUGCGGACGGCGCUCUCCAUCGCAAGGUCAAUUCCAUAGGGAGCGCUGCGCCCGCCAUCGUCGGUGCGUCGUCAUCCCUGUCAUCAUCUCGACACGCAUAUGGUCACAGCGUUCACAACAAUCGACCGAGCACGGCGACCGGUGCCAGCGGCUACUCCAACGUUCCAGGAUCGCAGCAACCUCGCGGCGGCCUUACUACGGGCAGCCCAACGGCUGCUUCUUUCGGCAACAACGCGAGCGCCAACGCAGGGCGUCCUUCCACUGCGACGGGUGCACAAACCUAUCACACCAGCACGUCAGGUGCCAAUUCGGGCAGAGACGGCUACUCUCCGCUCACGCCCAUCUCGGAAUCCAACUCGCUCGGCAACACUCCCACUACCCCGUCGGCCGCUCAACAACAGCAGCAAGUUGCGGGCUACUCGGUCGGGCGCGGUCCAUUUGCUUCUUCGCAACGCUACGCAGCAUCGCCUGCGUCUUUGCCGCAGCAACCUUCCUCCGGUGGCACCCUCAGGCACGUCGACAGCGGCGAUGGCUAUAACCUCAGUGCCGCUCAGCUUGCAGGCUAUCAGAAUCCCAAUCCUCCGACCUUGGAGGAUCUCAAACGCCGCACGAUCAAAUUCAUCAGUGAAGAGGACAAUACGACACGUAUCGUCAACGUCAGCGAUUGCCGCGAUGCGUACGACGUCAUGGCGCGCGUCCUGAAGAAGUUCCUCAAGCCGCCCAGCGGUAACAGCUAUACUCCCACCGCCGACCAAGGGCCUACGGGCGACGAGCUGGGUGCCACCGAAACGUGGGGCAUCUUUGCCACGAGCGCAGACGGUCAGAACACCAAGGCACUGUCCGACAACGAGCUGCUGGCCAUCUGCCAUGCUCCCCAACCUCACGAUCCUCUUCGAGAGCGUGGUCUCACACUCCGCAGGAUCCCCAAUCAUUUGCCAGGCGAAGAUGCCCGCAAGGUCCCGGUGCGUUCCGGCAGGAACAAGCUCGAGGCGUUCUUCGGCGAGCGUAUGCCCGUGGCACAGAUGCAGCCUGCCGGUCCUGGCUCUGGUGUCACCGAUGACGAUGAUGACGCCGGCAGCGUCACGAUUAGCGGCAAAAAGAUGAAACGUGCUUCCACCGUCAGCAUCAUGUCUGGCCUCGGUGUCGGACCCUUCAGCAGCAGCAGUAGUCAGAAUGUCCUCUCAAGCCACGCCAACAGCAGUCAGGCCAGCGGAAGGGGCGAUGGCAAACAUCCGUCCAAGAAGGAGACGAAGCACAUGUCGCCACCGCCUGUCACCAGCAAACCAAGCAAGAUUCGCAACUUCUUUGGCCAACGUCCUCCGUCGGAGCUCAUCAACACCAACUUGGCCGACUUCUUCCCGUCCACCGACUCAAAGGCGCUGCAACGCACCGCCAGGCGUUCCAUCUACGGUCGCGCUUCGGCGAGCACUCGUUCUAAGCGCAACAGCACGUGGAGCUUCGUUGCCGACCCAGAUGCACCGCCUCUACCGGGUAAGGAGUCGCUCGACGGUCAUCAGACGCCGCUCGAGCGGUCAUCUGUAUCCAUUCGAGAGCGCGGCACGACACCGGUCAUACAGAUUGGAUACGAUUCACGCUCGGAGGACGACCAUUCAACCAGUGCGCCACGCAAGUCGUCUGGCUCGUACUCGAAUCAUGGCCACCCUGCGACGGGUCCGCCGACGCUGCCGCCGGUGGUCAGCCGCGACUCGCUUGACGAGUGGUCGCGCGACCUCAAGGCGGUCGGUUCGCCGGUCACCGAGGGCAAUGCUGCGUUCCAGUCCACUAAGCGUGGUUCCGGAAGUUCGUCGGGCCAUCAUCAGACUGCUACGCAACACACGUCUUCGCAAGGCAGCGGGUACCGACCGUCAAUUUCGCGUCGGGCUUCCGGCGAGAGUGCGAGGAGUCGACGCAGUCUGGCAUCCCAAGUGCGACACGGUCUUAGCGCUGCUCGCGAGCGCAACGCCGACGCGGCGAGCCUGCUCACCGUCGAUGAGAUCACACAAGAGGUUGAGAAUCGCAGGGAGAGCAUGUCGCUCGCCGGUGCUGGGGGCGGAUGGGUGGUUGACGAGGACGGAGUGCCCAUUCCGAUCCCUGGAUCCUCGUCCCCACUGUCGCUGUCGGGGGCUGCCUCGACGCGACCGUCCAGCGGCGGGUCUUCGUCGUACGUGCACAGCGUCAACGUCGAUCAAGACGAUGACGCAACGCACACGGACGAGGAGGCCAACGAGUCUUCCGACCUCGAAGGUGCGCCACGCAUCAAGAAGGCUGUCAGCAUUCAUUCGAAAGCUCCCUCCGUCCGUACUAUGGCGAGCAAGCGCGCCUCGUCAGUGCUCCAAGCUCCGGGUGAGGAGGCCGACCGUCAUCUGGGCGAUCCCAUGGCUGUUGUGCGCAGCACCACGUCCCGCGCUAGUUCGGUUUCCGAGUUGCGUCGUUCCGUCCAGAGCCAUGGCGAUCAUAGCGACGACAUAUCCGGGUCUGACUAUACCGACUCGGACGUUGACUCGAACGAGUCCGAGACCGAUGACGAUGAGCAACCCAACGACGUCAUCCAACCAUCGGCCAAGCCGGCACCGAUCAAGUGGCACAAAGGUGCUCUCAUCGGUGCUGGUUCCUUCGGCAAUGUGUUCCUCGGUAUGAACGCCAAGACGGGUCUUUUGAUGGCUGUGAAGCAGGUCGAGCUGCCCUCGGGCGACUCGCAUCUCGACCAGCGCAAAAAAGGAAUGCUCGAAGCGCUCGAACGAGAGAUCAAGCUGCUCAAGACGCUCGAGCACGAAAACAUCGUCCAGUACCUCGACUCGUUCGGCGACGGCUCCCACCUCAACAUUUUCCUCGAAUACGUUCCCGGUGGCUCAAUCGUCGCGCUCCUUCGCAACUACGGUGCGUUCGAGGAACCGCUCGUCCGCAACUUUGUCCGUCAGAUCCUCAAGGGUCUUUCGUUCCUGCACAACCGAGGCAUCAUGCAUCGCGACAUCAAAGGAGCCAACAUCCUGGUCGACAACAAGGGAGGCAUCAAGAUCUCGGAUUUCGGUAUCAGCAAGAAGGUCGAAUCCGAACUCGUGCUUGCCACCAACAAGGGUGGAGGUGGCGGUGUGGGUGGGGGAGCGGGGGGUGGUGCGCACAGACCGAGUUUGCAGGGAAGCGUGUUUUGGAUGGCACCAGAGGUGGUCAAGCAGACGAGCUAUACGAUCAAAGCGGAUAUCUGGUCUCUGGGAUGUCUGGUUGUCGAGAUGAUCUCGGGAACGCAUCCGUGGGCAGAGCUGAAUCAGAUGCAGGCGCUGUUCCAGAUCGGCAUGGGCAGGAAACCGAGUCUGCCGGACGAGAUCAGCCUGGAGUGCAGGGAUUUCUUGGAAAAGACGUUUGAGCUGGAUUACAACGACCGACCGAGUGCGGACGAGUUGUUGAACCAUGCGUUUAUGGGCACGGAGAUGACGUUCCCGGCCGGUGCGGGAGAAGGUGAGAAGGCGGGUGAGGACGAUGUUGCUGGAGGUGGAAAUGGUGGUGGAGAAGGAGGAGAGGGGGAUACUUCGACGGUGUACACGACGAACGAGGGCGAGACGAGCACGACCAGGGAGACCAAGGAUGGGAAGAGACCGACGAGAUCCAAGUCGACGAGGCGGUUGGACAGGGAGAAGAGGCACAAGGCGGAGGCUGCUGCUGCUGCUGCUGUGGCGGCGGCGGCGGCUGUGCAAGAUACGGGUGCGCCGAACACUCCUACCGGUCACACUGCAGGUGCAGCGUCCACGUCUCCGGAUGCUGAUACGGCGUUGUCAACAAACAGCAAAGUGGGUGGCACGGGAGGCAUGCCAGAGAGCAUCUCGACGUCGUCCAUCGCUACGGCUCGCGGUAACCCCGCUUCGAGCGCCGCAACGUCUGGCGACGCGACGGCCAGCGAGGAUAUCAUCGAACCCUAG